AUGGUACUGGACUUCAGUUGGGGAGUUUCGUCUUCAGCUUACCAGAUUGAAGGAGGCUGGAAUGCUGAUGGAAAGGGGCCCAGUGUCUGGGAUGAAUUCACUCAGACACCCGGCAAUAUUCCUGCUGAUCCAAAUGGAGAUGUAGCCUGUGACAGUUACAACAGACUUGAUGAAGACCUCUACAUGCUGAGAGCUCUGAGGGUGAAGUCAUACAGAUUCUCUUUGUCCUGGUCCAGGAUCUUUCCUGAUGGUACUCGUUCCUCUCUGAACCAGAAAGGUGUUGACUAUUACAAUAGACUCAUUAAUGGCCUGUUAGCAAAUAAAAUCACUCCCAUGGUGACAAUUUACCAUUGGGACCUCCCUCAAGCUUUGCAAGACCGUGGUGGCUGGGAGAAUGUAGACAUGAUUGACAUUUUCAAUGACUAUUGUGACUUCUGCUUUGUCACCUUUGGUGACAGAGUGAAACUGUGGAUGACCAUCAACCAGCCUCACUCAAUUGCAUGGCUAGGAUAUGGUCUUGGAACGAUCCCACCAAAGAUUAAGAAUCCAGGAACUGCACCAUACAUAGUUGCACACAACCUGAUCAAAGCUCAUGCCAAGGCUUACCAUACAUAUGAUGACAAGUAUCGCGCAUCCCAAGAAGGUCUAGUAUCCAUUGCCCUCAAUGCAGAUUGGAUUGAACCGAAAGAUAUCAAUGUUCCCCGUGAAGUGAGGGCUGCUGACCGCGCACUGCAGUUCCAACUGGGUUGGUUUGCACAUCCCAUUUUCAAGAAUGGCGACUAUCCUGAUGCGAUGAAGUGGCAAGUAGGAAACAAAAGUGAUCUGCAAGAUCUGUCAGAGUCAAGACUCCCAUCCUUUACUGAAGAGGAAAAGAACUACAUCAAGGGAACUGCUGACAUGUUCUGUAUAAAUCAUUACACAACAAAGAUAUCAAGUCAUGUUACAGGUCAGCUUUCCCCUUAUUCAUAUGAACAAGACAAAGACGUGGCUGUGGCAUGGGGCUUGAGAAGACUCCUCAACUGGAUCAAGGAGGAGUAUGGAAAUCCACAGAUUUACAUUGCUGAGAAUGGAAUGGCUACGAAAUCAAGCACAACUUGGGAUGAUAGUGCCAGACCUACGAACUUGAUGACGUGA